AUGAAUCAUUAUGAAUAUUAUAAAUCACCUUGGGAGGCAGCAGCGAAAGCCUUUUACAAGUUCAUCGAAGCUGAGUUCCCACCAGAUCCAGCAGUGUCGUACAGCACGGCAGCUGACCUCCAGGUGGAAGGGACAUCGCUGUUCCUGCGACCGUGGCAGUUGCCACACAGGGCAGACUACGGGCUCCGGGGGACAAGCGAUGGAGAAGUGCAGCAUUACCUUGCCCAACUGGUGUUGUUGAAUGGAUUCCAGACAGACCCAAACAAGCCGGGAAAUGAAAAGAUCGUGGGGUGCUCAGUGAGAACAGAAUGGCUUUACAACAAGCCAACCACGAUCGCGUCUUCGCAGAUUGGAGAGGGGAGCUUGGCCAACCCAGGGACUUUGUUUCUGGUCAAAGGCUGGAACAGAUCCCUGUGCUGCUUGGGAGUCUUGAUGGCGUGCUUUCAGAAGCCCGAGCUUUUGAAGGAUUGGGGACACACCAUCACUGUGUCCUUCAGCACAAUCUAUGCCUCUGCGGUUCAAUCUGACGGCAACAUGAUUGUGUCGACGAACAGGGGUGUCACACUCGGAAGCCAACUCCGGCGCCGCCCCAACGCCUUCAACCUGCUCCAUCAAUUGGAGUUCCUGGAAAGGAGUGGGAUGACAGAGGAUAUGACCAUCAAGUCGCUGGAGGCACAUCAGAGUGUAUCAGCAUUUGCUGCAGCCUACCAACUGGGGGAGAAGGAGUCAGCUGCAGCAGUGAACUUGCUGAAACAUAUCCCCAAGGACACCAAGGACGCCCUGACCGAGCUGGUGCGGUUCGAAAUGCGGCAUGGAGAUGCCGACAUCUUGCAAAUGAUGGAGACGACGGUGCCUCCGGCAGACAUCACGAAGGUUGCAAUCUUUUCGCAACCCUUGGGGAAGUACAACAAAGAGGUUGAGAAGGAGUCCACAGUGAAAGCAGAGCUCGCAGCCCAGCUACUUCAAACGACUUACCAGCAAAUGGAGCUCCAGUGCCAAAGCGAUUUGGCCAAGCUGCGUGAGUGGGCGGCCAAAUUUGAUUUGUAUGCCAACAAACAGGCAUCCCUUGACUUCAAAUACAUCAAUGACCGGUACCAGAAGGGACGCACCUCCAUCGAAGAGUUCAUGAACUCCAAGCACAAGUUCCUUCGAGUCUCUUCCUUGGUGCUGGCUCAUGCGGCCAUUGUCCAGGCCCAGGGUGAAUUGGGAGCGCUGUCCAUCGAUGAGUCCGUCACGCUGGCCCAGGGAGUUGCAAGUGGGAAUGCUGGCACUGUCAGCUUCUGGCUGUUGCCACAAUGGCACUCGAGCAUGGGCAAACAAUCUGUUUUGAAGAACCGGAGGUUGCUCGAGGACAAGGUGAUCGGGUCGAUGGAUGUCUAUGAAAUCGCCCUCAAUUUCCAAGAUUCCAGUCACCAGGGAGAUCGCCGCAAAAAGUCGCAGCAAUGUUUGGCUGGGGUCUCCAGCGGCCAAACCAAUGUGGCAUUUUCUCACUCCAAGAGCCUCCUUGGCACGAUCAGCGGGGUGGAGAGGAGCAGGGUCCAGGAGCUUCAGAACCCAGAUCCCGACAAAGCCCUUGCUCCACACUGGAGGGUUCAACAACGCGGGAUCCCUGCCACCAAAGAGAUUUUGCUCAAGCUGCUGGAUGGCAUGAACGAACGGGAUGGCCACAAGGUCUUACUGGUGGACAUGGUGCCAUCAAGGUUUUCCGAAUGGUCUCAAGCUGCAUGGGACCUCCAACGUGGAUUUUUGCUUGGAGACGAAAGUUGCAAGCACUGGGACUGUCACUUCAUGUCACUGCAUCAUGACAGCGACAACUUCAUGGAUCAGGCCAAAGAUUUGAUCACUGGAAGGGCAAUGAGUCAGUGGUGGGAUCAAUCACAAGAAUCGGGCCCUGCUGCAAGAAGCUCUGAGCCCUUUGCAGUGGACCUCCCCCAGUUGGAAUGCUUGACAGUGGCUGAUGGGUCGGUCAAGAUUCCCGAUCUGGUGAUGCAGAAGUAUGCCACAACCCACAGUGAUGGCCUCAACGCCAUUUCAGAAUCGAUCAGCCAAGAGGCCGCUAUGCAGAAGUCGGUGAAGAUGUUUUCCACUCCAACAUCCUCAGCCGGAACGGAAAGCAGGACGUUGGCAAGUCCAGAGUGGGGCCCGGAUGCUCCAGUCAACUGGCAGAAGUCAGUGCAACUCACUGGUAUUGCACUGGCUGACUUCGAUUCUGGAAACACGCCAGAAGGUUGUGGUGUCCUGGCCCGUGAGCCCCAGAUCCAAAUUGUUUUGACCUCUUUGGGAAGCUUGUGGUUGGUGAAUCGCAGUGGCAACGACAUCGUUCUACCAGCAGGGGAAAUUUUUGGAUUCAAUACAGGAACUUUCCAGGAAGUCCCGUCAGAUCAGUGCAUGGUGCAGAGCGGGACCAUUGCAUGGCAUGUCACCAACGACAAUACGGUGGUGUGCUUGGUAUCUGCAUCUGGCAAGAAGAUUAGUACGGUGGCAGAUACCAUGUGCGAUAUCACACGCACCCGUGGCGUCACCGAAAUUCGGGUGACAGACCAUGCCCUGCAGCCCAAGAUGCAGGUGACGGGUGACGGAAGUCAAAUCCCACUUUCUUACCGCUACAAAGUGGUUCCGGACCACAAGGUCAAUGCCUUCAAGCCGAAGGAUCUGUCCAGCGAGGACAAGCUGAACUUGAGGGCGGCUCAAUUUGGAGCCCUUUACAAUGGUCGUUUUGGCCAAUUGCCCCGAUCUUCCUACUGUACUUUGGUAUGGGAGGCUGGGGGUGCCCCAAAAAACAUAAAAAACGAUUUCGAAAUUGGUUGGUUCGACCUUCAUUAA